AUGCCCCCAAAAGGCGGCAAACAACCAUCAUUGUCGAAGGUCCCCGCUUCACGGCGAGUCCUUCGUGCUCACUCGCGCUUAUCGGCUGCGCACGAUAUUCGCAAGUUCUUUGCUGACUCUCCAAUCCCUACUUUUCGACAUCAAGUUCUCGAAGCUUAUGUUCGCGCCAUUGCUCAAGAAUACGAGUCCGAAAUUGAACCGGGUCAUGAAAACGACUCAGACGUGGAACGUAAACGUAAAGCCAAACGCCAUAGAAAAACAAUCUCUAAAAAUAUCACCAUUACUACAAACUCAACACCAGAAACAACUUCAGACUCAUUGAUUUCUUUAUCUAAACAAAGUAGCAACAAUGAUGACAUUGACGACUCUGAAGCUACUCUCCAGCAUUUGACGCGCAAAGUAUAUCUCAGAUCAGGUCUUUUUUGUGAAGUUCAACACAGAAAAAAAAAUUCACAAAAGCCUUUUGUUUUUUCGCUCCCAGUAAAAACCUCUACUGUAUUGACCGAUCAACAAGACUUUACCCUGCCAUUCACCAUUUAUAAUUCUUUACCGGCAAGCAAUCCCAAUUGGAAAAACUUAAAGAAAAAUGUUUGGGUCGAUGUUGAUGUUCCUUCCUUUCAUGGCCCCCGUGCACUUUGCUCUUGCACUAAGACUUGCGAUGAAGAUUGCCUUAAUCGCAUGCUCCAAUAUGAAUGUGACGAAGAAACUUGUCCCUUUGGUAAAAAAGAUUGCGGAAAUAGAGCUUUUCAGGUAUUAACCAAAGAGCUUCAGAGGGGAAAAAGAUAUGCUAAUGGUUUUGAAGUUGCAUGGCUUGGAUUGCGCGGAUAUGGUCUCAAAACCACUCGUCAAUAUGCUCCAGGAGAGCUCAUCAUAGAAUAUUGUGGUGAUGUCAUUUCGCCUACUGAAAUGAAGAGACGAAUGAAGGAACAUUAUUUGGACUCAAAAAAUCAUUAUUUUCUUAGUUUGGAAAAUGGUUGUGUAAUUGAUAGUGGACUUAAGGGUUCAGCAGCUAGAUUUGCUAAUCAUUCUUGCUCUCCAAACUCUGAAAUGCAAAAAUGGUAUGUCAAUGGCAUACCUCGUAUCGGCUUAUUUGCUUCAGAAAGUAUACCUCCAGAUACAGAACUCACCUACGACUACAACUUUGACUGGUUUGAAGGGGCUAAAAUGCAGGUGUGCCUUUGCGGAGAACCAAACUGCAGAGGCUAUAUUGGAAAGCGCACUUCAAGACGUCCUACCCCAGAUGACCAACUUGAAGACCCUCCAAACUUAAAGAAACGUACAGGUCGUCGCAAAAAUACUAAUACUGCAGAGUCUGGUCGCAAAACCCCAAUUUCUAUUUCUGAAGAAUCCGCCGAAAAGGAGCCCUCAAAGACCUCCCGGUCUUCGUCUAAAAGCUCUAGUACUGCAGAACUAAAAAAACCAGCAAAAGAAACCACUCCUAAGCCACAAGUUGAUGACAGUGACUCUUCUAUUGCUGAUGCCGAUGCUGAUGCUGAUGCUGAUGCUGAUGCUGAUGCUUUUGCAGAAGACGAAAAUGACGAAGAGGAGGAGUAUGAGAAAAUUGCUCCCAAACGCACUAGAAACCGAGCUAGAUCUCAUCCUCGUAUUAUUGAAGAUUCACCUGCUGCACCUGUUGAACGAGUUACUCGCAGCAAAAGAAAGUUAAUUGAAUCGGAACCCAUAGAAGUUCAUUCUGAGGAAAUUGGAGCUGCUCCAUUAGAAAAGCGUACUAAGUCCAAUGGGUCUAAAUCAAGCAAAUCACCUGGCCCCAUUAACCCUAAUAAUGAUAACAAGAAGGAAAACGUACCAGCAGCUGCCAUUUCUGAAAAACCAAAAGUGGUCAGAGGCUCUGCCCUUUCUAAACACAUUACACUCACAUACACAACUAUAGACCCUCGCAAAACAUCCAAGAGUCUAGCUGAACCAAAGUCGCCAUUAAAUCAACCAAAAGAUUCGGCCACUGGCAACAAAACUAUACGGAGAGUUUCAGUGGCAGACCUAACCAACAACUCUCCAGAAUUACCCGCUCAAGAAGUCAUUCAAUCGCCAGAAUCAAAAUCCCAAUCACAAGGGCUAGAAGCCUCGCAGCUCACAUGCAACGAUGAUAAGAUUGUUCCUUCAACUGGUCCUUCCACAUCAUCUCCCAUUGAGCCUUCUGAAGAAUUCAAAGACUCUGCAGUUGUUGAAUCAAAUCAACCACCUACCAUUUCUCUAGAGUCUUUGAGUACAAAUAGAAAGCUUUCUUCUGGAUCUAGUCGUUCUUCUCUUGCUGAUUUGAUGAAUCCUGUGGAGGAGGAAGACAAGUCCCGUUUCUUGGAGCGACGCGAAUCAUCAAGUGCCAGCUCUUUUGACUUUUCCAGAAGUUCGGUUUCUUUGGCUACUACGUAUUCUUCUUCUUCAGUGACAUCUGGAAAUAACAGAAGAUCUUCAGUGUCUAGCAUAUUAAACCAUACACCUGUUGUUGAUCCACCGCAAUCGCUUUCGCGAACACCGUCUUAUGACUACCAGCGUCAACAGCAAAAUGCUCCCAAUCAAACAGUUAUGGUGAUACCACACGUGCCAUCAAAUUCAUCUCGCCGUAGUUCAUUGUCUAGUUCAGGGUCUCCAGCCUUUACUGAACCAAACGUACAGGAUGUGCCCAAGAAUCUGCCUCAGCUGCAAUCUUCUCCUUGUCACCAAUCUGAUCCUAGAAAUCGUACAUCCGAUGUUUGGAGAAUUGAUCAAAAUGGAUUUAUGGAAAAUGCAUCAUCAUUUUCUCACCAACGACCUUCUGAUAUUUCUAAAAAGCCAGCUGAUUUCCAGCUGCCGGUUCCUCAACUUAUAUCUGAUAUGCAUAGAACUAAAACCGCAAACCCAGUACUCUACCAUGGUCAACAAGCUUUACAUCCGCCGCCGCCGCCGCCGCCUCCUCCUCCUCCUCCUCCCCCACCACCACCACCUUCUCUUUCUUCCUCUGCAUCUUUCGUCCCUCAGCAGCAACAACAACAUGAUCCAUCUAUACAUGGUUUGCCCAUUCCUGGAAACAAACCUCUCGACCGAAGUUACUCUUAUCAACAUCACCAUCAUCCAUCUUUCAACUCUCCUCAAAAGUCUAUUGACGGCUACAAUCGCAUUGGAUCUCCUGAAAUUAAAUCCCCCAUUCAGCAUUCAAAUCCUCUCCCUACUCCUCCUGGUUUAAAUCCAUCUAACAGACCACCUUCUUUCCCAUCUUCUGGUCCCAUAAACACUGGCCCGUAUAAUAGAAUUCAACACUACCCCGAAAUAAACGGGGUUAAUACCCACCACCGCCUGCCGGUCGCUAGUUCCCCAAAUCACAAUCAGAGUGCCCAGGCACACUUGCUGCGCCAAAACCAGCUGCCGCAGCUGCCACACAUCAUCCCUCCCCAACCCCAUCCUAGGGCCCCAUCGGAGUUGCCUCCCGCUGAUAAUCAAAUGCCACCGGGCCAUGGAUCUUCUCCAUAUAUAUCAAAUAAUAUGGGAUACAGGCUGAUGGGCCCAGAUGGUAGCACUAAAGAACCACCAAUGGAGUUUAUACCUCCCAAUUCUUUGGUAAAUAGUAAUCAGAUCCCUGAGCCCAUGAUACCCCCUGAGCACCCAAGUUCUUCCAAAGAGCGGCUUUCAAUCAGUUCUUUAACAUCUGGAUCUCAAUCAGGAGAUCGUGCUGCAAUUCCAGUUUCUAGACUUGAUAAUGAGUCUAAUCAAUCUGUUGCUGUCUACUCAUCUCAUUUUGUCAAUACGGAACAAAUGGAUGCUGUACUAAAUAAAGCAAACAGAACUCCUCGCCGAGGCAGACCCACCAUCAACAAGUCAGUACAGCCUACUCCUGGCUUCACCGGUAUUAAGCCUAAGCGUGGUCGUCCAAAAGCCAACUCCACGGUGGCAGCAGCUACUGCAGCUGCCGUGGCGGCCGCGAAAACUGCAGCAAAAGUGGCAGCGUCAGCUGUCAAACAAAGAAGCUCGGAUUUUAGGGUUGUUAUUUCCGGUAAUAGAAAUUUCCAGUCGUCUUCCGUUGUAGACCCAGCUUCUGCCAAUGCCGUUAAUCAAGGCCCUGGAGAACGGGAGCACCAUCAAGAUUCAGGUAACACCUCAGCAUACCAGUCUUCUACUUCUGACCAAGCAACGUAUAAGAAUCGGGAGUCUAGUAUAUCUCAAUUACUCAUUCAGCCAGGAACCUCUGUGGAACAUUCUUCCAAUCAUGGUUUAUCGCGGCCUCCACCACCACCACCACCACCACUACCACCACCGUUGACUGAUGUUGUUAGAAAAAGGAACGAACGAAGUUUUGAUCAGCCCGGGUUUGGACCACAACAUCAACAACCGCCAUUGGAAAUUGCAAAAUCAGCCGAUAGCCAACAACAUUUCCAACCACCACGGCUUAAUCCUUAUGGCCCCCAGAAUCAACACUCCCAGAAUCAACACCCCCAGAAUCAACACCCCCACCAUCAACCUUACAACCCGCCAUUUACUCAUGUCUCAGGCCCUCCAGUUCCACCUCCACCUCAUGUACAGUUUCCUACACCGCAAUACCUAAACCCACCACCCCCUCCACCACCAUCUUAUCUGGAAGCACCUCCUUUAAAUUCAAAAAAUAUUUUAUCUAUUCAAUCUUUGACAAAUCCAGAUACUGAUGAAGAAAAUCAGUCAACUCAAGAAUCAGCACCAAGCAUUCAUGGAAAGGACGAUUCUGUGCCAAAGAAAGCUACUCCCGAACUCGAUAAAAUCAAAGCUAAGGUUAAGGGCAAGGGGAAAAGCGUACGAAAGUCUAUAACUCCUGAGUUUUUCUCUCCUGGACCAUCGACUAAAACUACAAUAAGCAGUGGAGAUGAAGAAGCACCAGAAAACUCUAAUUCUCGGUCCAGCAGUAGUAGUAGUAGUAGUAGCAGUAGCAGCAUCAGUAGCAGUAGCAGUAUCAGUAGCAGCAGUAAUGGGAAAAACAAUGGAUCAACCAGUUCUAGUAGCUCCUCUCAGCCUAGUGAGUCUGCUUCUACUGAUAAUGCGCCUAAGAAACGUGGAAGACCUAAAAUAUCUACUGUUGGGGGUAAGGCGCGCCGUGGAAGACCACCAAACAGUGGGCCUGUCCAACGACUUACCCUUGCACCGUUAGCUUCGCGUACACCAAUGUCGCCUCUCAAGACACCUGAAGUGCUUGCACGGAUAGGCGCCAAGACUUCGCCAAAGCCUUUAGAACCAUCUUCGGUUACAAAUAAGCGACCCAUUGCUCUAGCUCCUGCUCCUGCUCCUGCUCCUGCUCCUGCUCCUGCUCCUGCUCCUGCUCCGGUUCCUAUUCCUGCUCUGGCUCCUGCAAUCGAGUCCAGCAAAGCUCGAAGUCUUCGACCUAAACCUAAAACCUCAGAAUCAUCUUCAUCUCAAACUUCUGGUCCAACUGAGCCAAGCUCAUCUUCGUCUUCAGGUGAAGUAUCUGGAACCAAGCGCCCAGGCCCUGCCUUAACCUCAGGUCCUAGCAAGAAGAUAGCAGGUAAAAGCAAAACACGUCCAAUUCUUCCAUCUCCCAGCUCUGUACAACCAAUUGCUCCAAUGCCUGCCUCAGUUGUCAAUCCACAGAUGCCAGUUUCUGUGGCAUCUGGGAAUGUCCGUGCUCUUUCUAACCUUGUUACGACAUCUGCCUCUUUUUCUUCCAACAAUCCUUUACCGGCUCCUAGACGACGAGGACGUCCUCGCACAAAACCAUUUGUUCCUCCACCACGAGGGCAGCUUACAAGCAUUGCACCAAACCCACAGACACCUAUGCCCUCCAGCUCACGUCCACAACCAAACUUACUUUGGAACAGGCAGCUGCGACGGUCCGACGAUUCAGUUCCUCGCACAUCUAAUGUUGGAUUAAACCAGAUUUCGUCGAACCUAUUACCAUCUGCAGCAGCUGCUGCUGCAGCUGCUGCUUCUCCAACACCUUCAGGUUCUAACUCUAACAGUAGUGCUCCCGAGAGCAGUGGGCUACGAGCUCAGUCUACGUCCCAAGUCAAUGAACAACCACCCAAAUAA